UCAACCGUUCUGGUCGUGGGUUGCAUCCUUUAUAAAAUGGUUAAAUAUAUAUUAUUCUUAAUCCUGUUAUGGAUAAAAGUUAUAUACACAUUAAAGCAAUGUGAUGACUGCGUGUUAUACACCUCAUGUCCGAAAGCUAUGGAGCUGGCCAGGCGCCAAGUGCACGGUGACAUUUUCAAGACUGCUUUCUGUGGAUACGACAUAUCACAACCUAGAAGUCCACCCAUGGUGUGUUGCUCUGACUUCGCCGCCGCUGCGGGUAACACAGGAAUCGAAAGUAUUGGUGCCCGAAUUGGGGCUCCUGAAAGUGACCAAGUGGAACGUACUAGUCCUACUGCUGCAAGAGUACCGAUCGAAAGUCACCCCAAUGUUCGACUGCUGCCCGACGCCGACUGCGGCGACAUCGACGGCAAACGCGUCGUCGGUGGAACGAUUGCAGGACUUUACGAGUUUCCCUGGAUGGCCCUGAUCGCAACACGCACUCGCAGUGGGCUAGACUUUUCAUGCGGUGGCAGCAUCAUCAACUCGAGGUAUAUUUUGACGGCAGCACACUGCAUCCACAACAUAGCUGGCGUGAGGGUCGGCGAUUACGAUAUAACGAGUACCACGGACUGCCAGGGUUCUGGAACUGAAUAUAUUUGCGAGACACACUAUCAGGAUAUUGAGGUUGAAGAAGAGAUAGUGCACGAAGGCUGGUCGACGUCAAACCCAGACAAAAUUCAUGAUAUAGCUCUCUUGCGCCUCAAGGAACCAGUCGAUUUUUCACAUCGAAACGUGGCCCCUAUAUGUUUACCAGCAACAGAAGAAAUGAGGAUCAUGUCUUUAGACGAUAAAAAGGUGACAGUGGCUGGUUGGGGAGUUACGGAAACAGGCAGGGAUUCCAAAUUGCUAAGGAAGGUCGACAUCCCUAUUGUGAGAAGGGAUACAUGCUUGACUAAAUAUGAAAGCUCUGGAAAUCCCAAAAUAAUAAACGAAAACCAAGUCUGUGCCGGUAAGAUCCGGAGAGACUCCUGCAACGGAGACUCAGGUAGUCCCAUGAUGUUGGAGAGCGAGUAUCGUGGAUCGUACAGGAUCGUGCAAUACGGGUUGGUCUCGUACGGACCGACGAAGUGUGGUUCCAGCGUUCCUGGGGUAUACACUAACGUCGCCAAAUACAUGGACUGGAUAUUAGAUCACAUGAGAGAGUAAAGCUCGAUAAUCGAUUUAUAUGCGAACCGAACUUUACCGAACGCGCGAGAAUACAAGGAAAUGACGGAGCGACCGCGCUGCUAUUUCAAUAAAUCGUUACAUAGCCUUGCAUGUGAUCUCGCGUUGUAGCGAACAAACGGCGCGUUUUCGCUGCCGCAUUUAAGUCCAGCCUAAAGUUUACUAAAGGACAAUGGGCAAAAGUCUAUGAAACCUGGGACCAUCUCUUUUGAAAAAACCUACACAUAUCUAAUUGCUAGUAAAGGUGGUAUCAAUAUGUCCAUUGUUGUUUACUGAUUAAGACAUUGAUGCAUUUGUAAUUUGUAUUCACUAUAUUUAAA